AUGUUCCCGAGCAGUAUAAAGAGCCACAUCAUCACAUGGCUGGAGGACCACAGGUCGUUGGUGGUGUGUGUGUUCUGUCUCCCGGCCAGCUUCCUGUUCUCCUUAUUAUUAAGGAUCAGAGCCUUCGCCCGCAGACUCACCAGCGACCCUCACAGACAUGACGGAGCCGUCCGAUGUAUACAAGCACAGGUGUUAGAAUGGAACAAGCUACCAUCAAAGAAAAAACGCCUUCUUUGCACGUCAAGGCCCAACUGGCUGUCCCUGUCGAUAACCUUCUUCCAAAAGCACUUACACCAUCAAGUGCCCAUCCCUCUGUAUGAUAUCCUGGAACUCAAUGAGGAGGCGGCCACCGUAAGGGUGGAGCCCAUGGUCACUAUCGGAGACAUCACCAGAUACCUCAUACCUAGAGGAUAUUCACUGGCCGUCACUAUUGAACUGGAUGACGCGACCUUGGGAGGUCUUGCCAUGGGGACGGGCAUGUCUACACACUCUCAUAAGGCCGGUCUGUAUCACGAGACAAUCACCAGCUACGAAGUGGUGCUAGGGGACGGUUCGCUGGUCACCGCUACGGCCACCAACGAAUAUUCCGACCUGUACAGAGCCCUGCCCUGGUCGCAUGGAAGUCUCGGCUUCCUGGUGGCCCUGACGCUGAAGAUCGUGAGGGUGAAGCCCUACAUCAGGAUCAAGUACACGCCGGUACGAGGACAGAAACAAUACUGCGACCUGAUAAGAAAGUUAUCAGGAACUUAUGAAGCUGAACCCGCGACCCACCCGGACUAUAUAGAGGGGACGAUAUUCAGCAAGGACGAGGCGGUCGUCAUGACGGGGGAGUAUUCCGACUAUGACCGGAGACUAACGGUUAAUCACUGCUCGAGAUGGUACAAGCCGUGGUUUUACAAACACGUCGAGUCCUUCCUUAAAAAAGGAGAAGGAGAGGAAUUGAUCCCUCUGAGAGACUACCUGCUGCGUCAUAAUAGACCUAUCUUUUGGGUCGUGGAAGAUAUGAUUUCGUUCGGCAACAAUCCGCUAUUCAGACUCUUAUUCGGGUGGCUCCUACCGCCUAAACCGGCCUUCCUUAAGUUCACAACGACCCCAGGUGUGAGAGCUUACACGUUCACGAGACAAGUGUUCCAGGACAUCGUUCUUCCCAUUCAAGAGCUGGAAAAGCAAAUCGAGCUCGCCAGCCAGCUGUUCGAGAAGUUCCCUCUGCUGGUGUAUCCUUGUAAAAUAAUAGACCACGGACCAAUAUCCGGGCAGCUACGGAGGCCGCACGCUAAAUAUCUAGUUCCCGGGACCAACUACGCCAUGUACAACGACCUGGGAGUGUACGGCGUGCCCGGAAAGGUGAAGGAUAAGAAACCUUACGACGCGGUGGCCGCCAUGAGGGAGAUGGAGCGGUUCACGCGCGAUGUUGGAGGAUACUCGUUCCUGUACGCGGAUAUAUUCAUGAACAGGGAAGAGUUUGAACAGAUGUUCGACCUGAGCCUGUACGAGGCGGUGCGGACCAAGUAUAUGGCGGAAGGAGCCUUCCCGCACCUCUACGAUAAAGUCAAGCCUGAAAUAGACGUGUUCUCUAUCGGCGAACAGAAUGUUAUACGAGGUUAA